AUGUACUUGCGCUUACCUGCGUCAAUGGUGGUUGUCUUUUCGUCCGCUUUCUCCGCACUACUUUGCCCGAGGCUUAAUUACCUGGCGCGAGAACGUCAGCUGAUCGUUAAGAUGGAGAUGGACGGCCAAAGAAGAAAGACUACUGUUGAGGAGGUACAAACUCCAUUGCUAGAGAAUAUGGUUGUCCCCCCAGUCUUUAAAGGGUUGACGAGGGAAUUGGAUAAGUUGGCUGAGCAGCCGUUGCUAGGCCCGAGGGCAGAUUUUCCAUCGCCUACGUUUGCAUUUGCACAGAAAGAUGUCUCAGGAAACAAGAGACCGCAGGCCAUUGCACAUCGAGGGUACAAAGCUAAGUUUCCGGAGAACACGAUGGGGGCUUUUAAGGGUGCGGUGGAGGUUGGAGCACAGGCUAUCGAGACAGACAUACACCUGUCGAGAGAUGGUGUUGUAGUACUAUCACAUGACAAAGACCUGAAAAGGUGCUUUGGUCGGACGGACAAGGUCAUUGACUGCGAUUGGGAGUUCUUAAGCAAAUUAAAAACUCUUAAGGAGCCGCACGAAUCGAUGCCUCGACUAGUUGACUUGCUGGAGUACCUCGCUUCACCAGGAAUGGAAGAAAUCUGGGUGUUGCUCGACAUCAAGCUCGACAACGACCCAGAAGACGUAAUGCGACUCAUUGGUAGCACGAUUAGUAGUGUGCAGCCCUCUACCAGGCCUUGGUCGACACGUAUUGUUCUCGGAUGCUGGGCGGCGAAGUACUUACCACUAUGCUCUCGGUACCUUCCCAACUUCCCGGUCUCCCACAUCGGCUUCUCUAUCCUUUACGCCUCCCACUUUUUCUCAGUUCCCAAUGUCUCAUUUAAUCUCCAGCAAGGCGUCCUUAUGACACCAUGGGGAAGGGCAUUUAUCCGCAAGGCCCACUGCGACAAACGACCCGUUUUCGCCUGGACUGUAAAUGAAGAGAAACGGAUGCGGUGGGAUAUCCGGCAUGGUAUUGACGGCGUUAUCACGGAUGACCCAAAGCUGUUCUUGGAGUUCUUCGCCUCUCCUGAUUCACCUACUUCUCAGCUUUACAGGCCGCGGGAUCAGGCUGGCCAAUGCGGCAACAGCGUUGGCCAACAAUUCUGGCAACAACUCUGCCAAGAGCACGGCAUCAACCAAGACGGCAAUCUUGAAGACUUUGCGACAGAAGGCGGAGAUCGGAAGGAUGUCUUCUUUUACCAGUCUGACGAUACCCGCUACAUCCCCCGCGCAAUCCUUCUUGACCUUGAACCCCGAGUCCUUCAUGGCAUUCAGAACAGCCCGUACAAAAACAUAUACAACCCCGAAAACUUCUACAUCCACAAAGAUGGCACUGGCGCGGGGAACAAUUGGGGGGCCGGUUACUCGAUGGGCGAACAGGUGCAGGAAGAAGUUCUCGACAUGAUAGACCGGGAAGCAGACGGCUCCGACUCGCUCGAAGGAUUCAUGCUUUUGCACUCGAUUGCUGGCGGCACAGGCUCUGGUCUAGGCAGCUUUAUGCUGGAAAGGCUCAAUGACAGGUUCCCGAAGAAAUUAAUCCAGACUUAUAGUGUUUUUCCGAAUACACACAACUCAGAUAUCGUUGUCCAGCCAUAUAAUAGUCUGUUGAGUAUGCGGCGGUUGACACAGAAUGCGGACUCAGUCGUGGUCCUUGAUAACAGCGCCCUCUCUAGAAUCGCGGCAGACCGACUCCACGUCCAAAACCCAUCUUUUCAGCAAACGAACCAGCUGGUCUCAACCGUCAUGUCCGCCAGCACCACAACUCUCCGCUACCCUGGAUACAUGCACAACGAUCUGGUGGGCAUUGUCGCAUCGCUCAUUCCAACGCCUCGCUGCCACUUCCUUAUGACCUCGUACACUCCCUUCUCAGGAGAGAACGUCGAGCAGGCGAAGACAGUCCGGAAAACCACAGUCCUUGACGUCAUGCGCCGACUGCUUCAGCCAAAGAAUAGAAUGGUGUCGACAAAUCCAACCAAAAAGAGCUGUUACAUGUCCAUCCUAAAUAUCAUCCAAGGCGAGGCAGAUCCCACCGACGUCCACAAAUCUCUUCUCCGCAUCCGCGAACGCCGUCUCGCAACCUUUAUCCCCUGGGGCCCUGCCUCCAUCCAAGUCGCCCUCACCCGCAAAUCCCCUUACAUAACUUCCUCCCAUCGUGUAUCUGGCCUCAUGCUUGCAAAUCACACUGGUAUUGCGACGCUGUUUAAGCGAAUCGUGGCGCAGUAUAGUACACUAAGGAAGCGGAAUGCGUUCUUGGAAUCGUACAAACGGGAAGCGCCGUUUAGAGAUGGGUUGGGAGAAUUCGAUGAGGCAAGGGAGGUAGUACAGGGACUCAUUGAUGAGUAUGAAGAGGCCGAGGGUGAAGACUAUUUGUCUAAAGAAGGGGAGCCGACGAAGCAGGACGAGGAUAAACGCGUCAGUGCUUGA